AUGAGCGCUCCUCAACGACGACUCCAACAGGUACGGUCGCACUUCGACGGCGGCUCGAACGGCGGUGAUUCAGCGUCGACGUCACUCGCGAGACGGUACAAGCCCAAAUUGCCCGCCGGGCUUUUGGUGCACAAGACACCCUUGAACCCUGUGGUAUUCCUCUUGAAAGCUGCGAUGGUCCGACCUCAUCGUGAGUAUCACCACCUGCUGAUCGUGAGCGGUGCUUACGUGGAACCAGCGACGGUUUACCGGAAUGUGGGGCUCACUAUUCUCCGCGGCUCGCUUCCGCUCCCUUCUCACUAAACUAGAUCUCGCACAGUCGCAUCCGGAAAAGGGGUUCUCGUUCACUUUUUCGCAGUUUGCAGAUCGGGUUGCUUUCUUGGCUUAUGCUCUCAAGGCACGGGGUAUCGCACCUGGUGACCGGUAAGUAUGCUAGCGCCGCAAACAGAGGCCGGGGCGUCAGAACUGAGCUGACCCUUGGGUUCCGUCUCGCUUUAGGGUCGUUGUCUUGGGUCCCAAUGUUCCCUUCGUAUCGGAUGCACUUCAAGCCAUCCCGUCCGUACAGGGAAUCAUCGUCGCUCUCAAUACGCGACUGACCGAACCUGAAGUUGCCUACAUGCUUGAAAACUCGGGCGCCAAACUCGCCCUCGUCGACGAGACACUACGACACUUGGUCGGCAAGUCGUCGAAGCUGCAAGUCAUCAUCUGUGCCGACUCGGGCAAGGCCGAUGACCCGUAUGAAAAGUUCUUGGUCGAGGGUCAGGCGUACGAUCGAAAGCAGGGUGGGCUCGGGUGGCAGGGGCUCGAGUUUCAAGCCGACGAGGACAGUACGUUCGCCAUCUCGUACACGUCUGGCACGACGAGUCGACCCAAAGGUGUCGAGACAACCUACCGAGGAACCUACCUCGCUGCACUGGGUAACGCGAUGGAGGCGCAGCUCGAUUUUAAUAGCGUCUACCUCUGGAUCUUGCCCCAGUUCCACUGCCUCGGGUGGUGCUUCCCCUAUGCGUGCACCUCGGCGAUGGCUACGCAGGUGUUUCUCCGAGCCGUCGGGGACUACAGCGAAGUGUGGCGUGGCUUCCUCGAACGCGGCGUGACGCACUACUCCGGAGCUCCGACCGUGCAACUGUCCAUUGUCAGUCAGCCCAACGCACGAAAACUCUCUCGACCCCUCCGUACGACCGUGGCAGGUGCGGCACCAACUGCGACCGUGAUCGAAGGACUCGAGAAACUCGGCAUCGACGUCACCCAUGUCUACGGUCUGACAGAAAGCUACGGCCCCAUGACCAAAACCUUCUUCCUCGGCCCUUCCUCGCCGACCUAUUUCGUCGAAAAGGCUCGACAAGGGUUCGCGUUCCGUGUCGCGGAUGAUAUUCGAGUCGUCAAGUUGAUCCCGGAUGGUGAGGAGCUCAAUCUCAAGUCUGAGGAUCUGGUUGAUGUCAAACCGAACGGGACCGAGGUUGGCGAGAUUGUGAUGCGGGGGAAUUUGAUCAUGAAGGUAAGUUCCCGUGGCCGCCCUUCUACUCAUGUGAGAAAGGAGCAAAUGCUGAUUAGCUCGCCCAACUUGAGAACCUCAGGGCUACUGGAAGAAUCCUGAAGCGACGGCAAAAGCGUUUGCAGGUGGGUGGUUCCAUACGGGUGAUCUUGCCGUACUUCGCGAGGAUGGUACGUUCGCGAUUGCGGAUCGGUCCAAGGAUAUCAUCGUCAGCGGGGCGGAAAAUAUCUCCUCUCUCGCGCUGGAGUCGGCGUUAACGACCCAUCCGGACGUCUUGGAGGUUGCUUGUGUCGCUCGAGCUCAUGAGAAGGUAAGUACGACGCUGCUGCCCUGGGCUGUACACACCCCCGGGAGUUGACCGCGGUUCGUCGUCUGCAGUGGGGCGAGCGACCGCACGCAUUCGUCGUCCUCAAGCCUGGAGCGUCAUGGCAUGACAAGCUCGAGCAUUUCGAAAACGAACUCAAGCAGUUCGCCAAGAAGAGUGGUCUGCUCCCUGGUUUCGCGAUCCCUGAGUGGGUCGAGGUCGUUCAUGACUUGGAAAAGACCUCAACGGGCAAAAGUGAGUCGUCUUUUUUGGGAGUGCUGGGUCAGGUUGCUUACGCCGUGGCUUUCGUUUCAUUUCUUCAGUCCAAAAGAACGUUCUCCGAGAGAGGGUCAAGAAGAUGUUUUCGAAAUAG